CGGAGAUAUCCAAGACGUGGUGACGGAAGGAAAGUCAACGAGUGAAAGAGACAGACAGAAGAAGCAGCGAUGGCACUCGGGUCCUUGUCUUGGUGUCUCGGUGCAGCGUUGGCACUGUUUUGUGGCUCCUCGUGGCCCCAGGUGCAUUCUUCCCUGGCACCGGAGAACGAGGUGCCACUUCGCCCAACUACAUGGUUCCCAGAAGGAAAGAUCACAUCUCUUACUCUCCCCAAAGGACGAACCCGCAGGCUAUACUUCACGCUGAAGAAGAAGGCUCCGGGGAUGUCGGUGACUGUCAGUCCCUGUGACCUCCCCAUCGAAUGGAGCCUUUCAGCACGGACCCUGAAGGACAAACCCCUCAAGAGCCUGGAGUGGAGCAGCAAAAAGAGUACGCCCGAGGUGUGGUGGCAAGGUCCGGGGAGUGAGGAGAAAAUGUACAGCUUCACAGGCAGUGCAAUUGACACCUACAAGGGUCCUUCCAAAUCCCAUGCCACCAUCUACAUCCUGAGGCUGCGCUCCAAACAGCAGAACACCAGAGCUACAGUGUACCUCCAUGAAGGCCCGGGGCCCUCCGGAGCCUUCCCCCUGCUCCCAGCUGACCACAGAGUUCACACUCUGGGUGUAGGCAUGACCAGUGUCACCCUCAGCUGGGCGCCCAGUGCCUCCAUCACCAGCCUCCCUCAGUCACAGAAAAGCUACGAUUACUGUGUCCUCGCCAACUCUCAGAAAAACUACCCCAGUGUUUGUGCUGCACGAGAGAAAAUAGGGAAAAAGAACGGCCAAAAAGAAGAAAAGAAGGAGCGGAGGAGGAGAGUGACAGCAUGGCCCAUUUUGAAAGAGUGGUGGUGGCAGCAGUGGGACUCGUACCCAGAAGCCCAGAGUGCAGCGUCUUCCCCCACUGAUGAGUAUUCUGAUCUCCAGUGUGUGUGUCAGGGGACAGAGAGUGUUUGCACCGUCUCUGAGCUCCUGCCGGAGACGCAGUAUUACUUUGACGUGUUUGUGAUCGACAGGCUGAACGGGACCAGCAUGGCGUACAAGGGGACAUUUGCUCGAACGCAUGAGGAGGCUCGGGCUGCGAUCGUCACUCUGAGAGAAGGAGAGCUGAGGUGGGUGACCUUCAGCGACAGAGGCUCCAACUCCGAGCAGUUCUUCACUUUCCGUCCACGGGGCAUUCAGCAGAGUGGCCUCCUCACUUUGCAGAGCUGCAGCGGAGGUGAAAAAGUCAAGGUCACUGUGUCAAGUAAAGGUCAGGUUUUGAGCUCCCAGGCUGUCGGGGGAGAUUUAGCACACAUUUGGCUCCAGGGAAGUCCGUCCUAUCUCAUCCACUUGGAGCGAGAAGGAACUACCCCAAGCAGGAUGUCUGAUGCUGCUGACCCAGCUUUGGGAGGUCUGAUGGCUUCAGUGAAAAUGCAGACCUCCUCAGCCUACCACCGGAGAGGGGUCCCAUCUCUACCCUCCACCUUGCAGAUAAAGUCCUUCAACAGGUUACGUGGUUGCAACAGCGUCACCCUAGCGUGGAUGGGCACAGAGGAAAGAAGCUUGUACUGUGUGUACCGCAGGAAGCUGGGCGAGCAUGGAGCAGAAGCAGGGGGAGCGUCUGCUCUAACUUCGCCCUGUCUGGGACCAGAGUCCCGCUCUGACACCGAGAGGGUUCUCUGCAAGUAUUUCCAGGAGCUGAAUCCUCGGCGGGCCGUCACUACUGCUGUGAUCGGGGGCCUGGAGCCAGGGAUGGCCUAUGUGUUUGAUGUCUAUCUAAUGAGACGCUGGGGGAUCCCUAUCAAGUAUGCCAGCAAGAUGUUGAAGACCAGAAAGGAGUGCUGAGCUGCCGCCCCCUACAGGAGAUUUUAAGACUGUCCCACUUUAGGGGAAAAUGCAUCGGCCAUGGACAUGCUGUAAAGACUGACCAUGAGAACAAAGCCAUUGGACUGUUGUGGAGAGACUGUAGCCAUAACAAGGAAACAUUCCCCCUGGAGGAGAAAUGGUUUUAUUCAAACUCCACUUGCACUAUCAAUGCAAGUGGAUGGAAACAUAUGAGAAGGAUCUGCACACCAGCAAAAGUUCAUAACAUUUACAAUACAACUCUUGUGCUCUUGUCAUUUUGUUUUUCAUUGUUUAUCAUGAUUAUGAUGUGCCAGUUGUCCAAGUGCUUAUUUUGUGUCGGAGUACAAAGGACAAAUGAGUUUUUUGAUGACAGAAAGUCAAUACAAAAACAACAACAGAGACUGUGCCAAAUAUGCAACAGAAACAGAUGGGGCAGUAAUUGGAUAACAUCUGAGACGGGGGUUUGCAGCGUAUAUCUUCAGUGCUGCAUAUUGUACAGGCUUAUAAACACAGAUGGGUGCAAUCUACAGAUGCUUAGUUCAAAGUCAGUGUGUAUCUUGUGUUCUGCUUUCGCAUGAAGCAGUGAAAAAUACUUAGUGACUUGCCUCAUUGUCUUUGAUGUAUUCUUGUGCUGCUUCAAACGCACCAAUAAAUACUACGGUAUCUGUA